UUUCAUUUAGCUCCAUACCUUAUAUUCCUCUACACCACUAACCCCCCAUCCCUACCUGAAAAUCCGACCAUAAUUCAGGUGGGAAAACAAUGGCUACGGUCACAACUCAAGCCUCGGCGGCCGUUUUCCGGCCGUGUGUCAACUCGAAAUCAAGGUUCCUUUCAGGGUCUUCGAGUAAAUUAAAUAGGGAAGUGGCUUUUAGGCCUAUGGCUUCUCCUUCUGCUUCUUCGUUUAAAGUUGAGGCCAAGAAGGGUGAGUGGUUACCCGGCUUGGCUUCACCAGACUACCUCACCGGAAGUCUUCCCGGUGACAAUGGAUUUGAUCCUCUGGCACUUGCUGAGGACCCAGAGAACUUGAGGUGGUUUGUCCAAGCUGAGCUUGUCAAUAGCAGAUGGGCAAUGUUGGGUGUUGCUGGGAUGCUAUUGCCUGAAGUGUUCACCAACUUGGGGAUCCUUAACGUCCCCAAAUGGUAUGAUGCCGGAAAGGGCGAGUACUUCGCCUCUUCGUCCACCCUCUUUGUGAUCGAGUUCAUCCUGUUCCACUACGUCGAGAUCAGACGGUGGCAAGACAUCAAGAACCCAGGAAGUGUGAACCAAGACCCCAUCUUCAAGCAAUACAGCUUGCCCCCAGGUGAUGUGGGUUACCCAGGCGGCAUCUUCAACCCCCUCAACUUCGCACCGACUCUCGAGGCCAAGGAGAAGGAACUUGCCAAUGGGAGACUGGCAAUGUUGGCAUUCCUAGGGUUUGUGGUUCAACACAAUGUGACCGGAAAAGGACCGUUUGACAACCUGUUGCAGCACCUCUCAGACCCAUGGCAUAACACCAUUAUCCAAACCCUAAGAGGCUUCUAGAUCCAUUGCAACGCAAGAAAAGUGGAAGAAGAAAAUAUGGAAAUUCUGUUCUUAUUUAUUUUGUAACAAUGAAUUAAUGUUCUUUGAGUGAGUGUGAAAUGGUGAGCAUCAAUGUAGACAAAAUGUUUUACCGGUGUACAGGAACCAUGGUGGCAAUUAGUAUUAUCAUUCUCAUUACAUCUA